CGUUGCAAAAGUCAAGUAGUUUAAGUCUUUAAGACAACCAAGCUAGCUUAGCCCAUUUGUAAAUUCAAAACUAAACCUUUACCAUUUCUCCUUCCUAAGCAUAAUAUUCUUCAUCAAUUAGAUCGAAUUUCAGAAAAACACACAAGAACAAUGGAGAAAGACGUGCUAUUCGGAAAAUACAAGAUGGGAAAGCUGCUCGGUCAGGGAGCCUUCGCCAAAGUAUACUUUGCGAAGAACAUUCAUACGGCUCAAUCCGUGGCGAUCAAAGUCAUUAACAAGCAGAAAAUCGUUGAACAACCGAAUAUGAUGUGCAAAAUCGAGAGAGAAAUAAGCAUUAUGGGCCGUCUUAGACACCCGAACAUCGUCCGUUUAUACGAGGUUUUAGCCUGCAAACGGAAGAUAUAUUUCGUAAUUGAGCUUGCCAAGGGUGGAGAGUUUUACGCUAAGGCGGCCAAGGGUCCUUUUACUGAAGAGCUAAGCCGAAAGUAUUUCCAACAGCUUAUCUCGGCUGUUGGGUACUGUCAUUUUAGAGGUGUCUACCACCGUGAUUUAAAACCCGGUAAUAUUCUGCUUGGUGCUAAUGGGAAGAUUAAGGUUACUGAUUUUGGGCUUAGCGCAAUUAAGGUCAUCAAGGAUCAUAUUCGACCCGAUGGGAUGCUGCAUACGCAGUGUGGAACACCAGCGUACGUGGCGCCGGAGAUAUUACGGAGGAGAGGGUAUGAUGGCGCCGGGGUUGAUGUGUGGUCUUGUGGGGUGAUAUUGUAUGUUCUUACAGCUGGGUAUUUGCCAUUCAAUGAUCCAAACAUGAUGGCUAUGUAUAGAAAGAUUUAUCAGGGGGAUUAUCGAUGCCCUACUUGGAUGUCUGAUGAUCUUACACAUUUCUUGGGUCGUCUUCUUGAAACCAAUCCAAAAACUCGGAUCACAAUUGAUGAGAUUGUCCAUGACCCUUGGUUCAGGAAGGGUGGCUUGUUUAAGGAUAAAGGUCCUGAGUUUGAGUUUCCGUUUUACCAUGACAAAGAUCGUAAGGAUUUAGAUGAUGGUUUCUUAUGUCAUACUGUACAACAACUACAACAACAGAAGCAAGAGGUGAUGGGAGAAGAAGCGAGUACUAGUACUCCACUUAAUGCAUUUGAUUUGAUCAGCUUUUCCCGGGGCCUUGACUUGUCAGGGUUGUUCAACAAGAAUUACAACCCUUUUGAGGAUAGUGAGAAGUUUAUCUCUGGUUUUUCUGAGGAUGAGAUCAUUUCCACCAUCAGAGAAGUCGCGGCCGAGCUGGAUGUAAAGGUACACAUGACCAAAAAGGAGUGUGUCAUGGAUUUAGUCGGAUCAAUUGGGAACUUCAUAGCCAGGGUGGAGGUUAACCAGUUGACUGAGAAUCUGGUAAUUGUUGAGGUGAAGAUUAAAGGAGGAGACUCAGACUCUGUGUCUGAAAAUGACAUUUGGAAGAAAAAACUGAUGCCUAAACUUUCUGGGUUAAUUUAUGACUUUGAUUCACAACAUGUUGAAGAAAUUGAUACAGCAACAGAGCCUGAACUUAGCCUUGCUAUUUCUGUUGACUGAUUCAUUUCCUGGUAUAUCCCUAUAUGUAUUUAUAUCUGUUGAAAUUAAUUAUAUUUUCUUAUAAUUUA